AUGGAUGACUUUUUCUGUUUAUUAAUUUGCAAAAAAGCACAUUUAUCUGAUGAUUCAAAAAUAAUAACUCGUAAGGCUAUUGUCUUGGAAUUUAGAAAUAUUUUCCUUCAUUAUUUGGAUUUUUGUCAAAAACAAAAAUUUAGUAAGCUAAAAAAACUCAAGAAUGAUCAAAAGAAUCUUCCAAUAUCACAGUACAAAGAAACCAUUAUUGACCAUGUAAAAAUUCACCAAGUUGUCAUUGUUGCUGGUGAUACAGGUUGUGGUAAAUCAACUCAGUUACCACAAUAUCUGCUGGAAGCUGGUUUCAAGAAUAUUGCUUGUACUCAACCUCGAAGGAUUGCAUGUAUUUCUCUCUCUAAGAGGGUUAGUUUUGAGACACUCAAUGAAUAUGGUUCAGAAGUUGCUUACCAGGUUCAUGAAAGACACAUAUAUACAGAUGUUUUAUUAGGAAUUUUAAAAUGUCUUUUAAAACAACGUGAAGACUUGAAAGUUGUUCUUAUGUCAGCCACUAUCAAUAUUGACUUAUUCAGCUCAUACUUUGAUAAUGCUCCAGUUGUGAAGUAUCCCAGUGAAUAUCGUGGAGAUCUUCUCAUAUUUCUUAGUGGAAUGACAGAAAUUUUGACCAUCAUAGAAGCUGCUCAUGAAUAUGCACAACAGACGAAAAAAUGGAUUAUCCUUCCUUUGCACAGUGCUUUAUCUGUGGAUCAGCAAGACAAGGUUAAAGAAAUGAAUUUUGACCCAAAACUUAAAAUGCAAUGUCUUCGAGAAUUUUGGAUCAGCCAAGCCAGUGCUGAACAAAGAAAAGGCAGAGCAGGUUUCCUUUUAUUGAAAAACCUGCAGGAUCUGCUCUUGAAGAUUCUAUUUUUUACUUAA